CUGGCAUACGGGGUCUUAUUGCUACCAUAGAAGCUUGUAUAUAAUUGUCGGGCGUUUAGAUUGCCUUCUCUGGGGUUCGCUGUAUGCCAGGAUAAUACUAUUAGGAAAGCUCUUAUACAGGACCUCUGCCCAAUGCAGGCGUCAUUGCACGCAGCGUUCCAAGACAGCUUGGUCUUAGAGGAGCAGCUUCCACUCGACCAAGCAAUUGGGCAGAGCCGAACUUUGCUGGAUGACCCCACUAAUCAGGACAACCGCCAGCUGUUCUUUGCUAAAGUGCUGCGGUCAGCGACUGAGGAUGAGGUCCGGCGACUCUUCGGGCAGUUUGGGAAAGUUACGGACGUCAACUUGUUCCGUGCCUUCCAAGGCGCACCCACAACCAAGGGCUGCGGUCUGGUAACCAUGGGCAGUCAUGCGGAGGCGGUGGCGGCCAUUGCCGCCCUGGACAGCCAGUAUGUGUGGGAGGGCAUGGAGACGCCCAUGGUGGUCAAGUGGAUGGACACGGCGCUGCAGCGGCGCAGGAGGGAGCAGCACCUGGCCAACAUGCGGCAGGCCAUGACGCCAGGGGCUGGCAUGAACUUUGUUCCCAGCGGCCUGGCGCUAGCCACCUCGCUUCCGGUGGCCUCCAACCUGAACCUGGUGCAGAACUCCUUCCUGGACGCGCUCGAGCCCAUGGAGACGCCCCCGCCCGGCUGCGCGCCGGAUGCCAUCAAGCUGUUUGUGGGCAACGUGCCCAAGAGCUGCACCGAGGAGCAGCUGCUGCCGUUGUUCCAGUCCGUGGGCAAGGUCGUGGAGCUGGUUAUUGUGCACGACAAGGUGACGCACGAGUCCAAGGGCUCAGCGUUCGUGUGGUACGCCACCCGCGUGGAUGCCGAGCGCGCCGUGCUGCAGUUCAACUUCCGCCACGUGCUGCCCGACCCCUCGGGCGACCAGGACCGCCCGCUGGUGGUGCGCCGCGCCAAGACGCGUGCCAAGCCGCUCAAGCACACGCCGCUGCUGGGCUCGCUGGCGCAGGUUCAGCCCUCCCAGCUGGCUGCCACGGUUGCGGCCGGCACGCAGCCCUUUUACAAGGUGCAGUCCAACCUGGUGGGGUUGGCGGGGCUGGAGGCGCUGCAGCUGGGUGACAGCGCCAACCUCGCGCAGCAGCUCGCCUCUGCCGGCUCGUUGUCGGGGCAGAGCGGUGUGUCGGGCCUGGGCCUCGGCAGCAUCCCCGCCUACCGGCCGCUACCCAACCUGGCGGGGCAGCUGGUCGGCACGCAGACGUCGAUGUACGACGCCUAUACAGCUGGUGACCAGCUGCUCAACGACUUUGCGGUGAGCCAGUCGCUGCAGCAGAGCGCUGCGGCGGCGGCCGCACAGCUGGAUGUGCUGGGCGCCGCGGCGCAGCAACAGCAGCAGAUUGCACAGUCCAUGACGCUGAACCAGACGCAGCUCACCUCGCUCAACUCGCACCUCUUCACCGUGCAGACCGUUAGCGGUGCACAGCUGCACAUUUCGCCUGGCGCCCCGGGGCUCUUCAAUCUGGUGGUGUCGGGCACCAAGACGCAAGUGGAGGCGGCCAAAGGCUACAUCACAACCGUGCUUAGCCACGCGUAACUGCUCAGCUGAGCUCGGGCUCAUUAACAAAAGAUUCUUAUAAAAACGCGCUAUAAAUGCUUCAUUUCUUAAUGUCGUCAAGGGCUGGGUGAGCGUAGUGCAAGCACCAUGUUACUCGCAAUACCGUGGCUUCUGUCUGGGUAACGAAAGAGCACAAGAGCAUUAGCGAUGUACACACACCACUGUCUCGCGGCCACACUCGUUGGAUGUGGCUUGUUUGGAACUGUCAGCGGCAAAGUGAUGCUCUUGAUGUAGGGGGAGAGGGCGAUGUGUGUAAAAUUGAAGGAAGAAUGUUGUUUUCACGAUUGUACUCACCUCUAAGAAGUGCACGUGCGUCGAUUGGUUGCGGUGCUGGCCGAACGGGGCCCUAUGCUUAGUAAGCUUCCUGGCCUGUUCCUUGUGUGUGGGUAUAAAGCUUUCAUGCUGAAGGGUUAUAAACGUUGCUCAUGCAUGAUGCGCUUUUACGUGAGGCUUGGCAUUCUUCCUCAUCAACAUGCCUCGCUUGACGGCUUAGGCCUGUGUCAGUGCCUGCCGUAGGCCAAUGCUGCCACAUGUAGUCGGAGCGGGGAUAAGGUGGCGAUGCGUGCCAGCGUGGGUUAUGUUUUGGGGGUCUUUCAUGCUUGGGUAAGAAAGUGAGGAUUAGUAGCGACCCCUGUGUCAUGUAUCGACAACUUUUUUUAAAGAGACGUGUUUAUGAGGUGCUGUCAUGGCAUAAGUGUUUAUCAUGGAAGACUGGCCUGAAAAGCACAAGCGGUGCUGUGUUUGGUACUUGUUAUCUGGAGGUAACUCCCUCUUGAUGCUAUCCCAACGCACUGAUUGAAAGAUGUGUUAUCGAGCGCGCCGUGCUUUUGAAUAUGUGAGUUGACGGGAAAUUUCGUCCUCAUGAGCCCGUCUUGGCUUUUACGUACAUGCCGGAAGGGUGGGCUUGCGUUGGUACUAAAGCCUUUGCCAGUGAGGUGCAUUCGUGAGCUUCGCUCUCGCCAUGAUAAUUGAGCGAAGCAUUUGCGGGCUGUACAAGUGCUUCAUGCGAACUGGAGGCAGGUAAUGGAAGGUGGUAAUGGUGGAAAGUACAUCUUCUUUGGGGUGAAGGCUGGGGUUCAAGCGGGUGUGCUAGGGAAGCCUCUUGUGGCAGGGAUGAUCAGCCCUACAGCCACGGUGGUGUGAGGGCGUAAACUAUACUAAUGUGGCGGUACCGUAUUUGAAAUAUGUUUGGGCGCUUUUUGUUGCCAGACAAGCAGGUUGGAGUGAAAGUCGUGACAAUAGAAGCCUUACAUGUUGCUUCCCACAGUGCCUCUCGAGGGGGUUGCUUCGAGGGCACGUUAACAGAGGUAUGUUGGCCUCCUUUUGGCCCAUUCCUUGUCGAACUCAGUUGGUGGUUGGCCGGGUAACCGACACGGUUGCCACAAGAGCCGUAACGCCGCGUUGCGGAGACCUUUUGCAGCCGCCAUGCUCGGGCUGAUAUUAGGUUGCGCCAUCCGCAAUAGGUCGUAUAGCGGGAAGUUUCGGGCGACGUGGGUCCGGAGCCGCCACUCAUAUUUGCUGCUGCUGCUGUUACUUUGCCAACACCGGCGUUGCCUGUCUGCCGGGAGUCUCGAAUAAGUGAUGUCGAAUGCAGUGUACUGAGGUGUUUUCUGGUGUGAUCAUAUUGGCAAAGGUGCUUGAAUUUGGUGACCUCGACUGUGCAUCUGAACUGAAAUUGUAAGGCCUACUCGUGGGACAAA